CCAGUAUUCCCUAUUAUCGCGAUGUCCCAACCCACGCUGAAAAGAAUCUCGUGUAAGAGAUGCCAAUACCGAAAAUUACGGUGUUCUCGAACAGAACCUUGCACAAGCUGCACUGAAUCAAGUCAAGUGUGUGAGUAUCGCGAACUGGAUCGCAAGAGACGACCCGCGUCAGCCGAAUAUGUUGCGGGCCUUGAGAACAGAAUCGCCUCGCUCGAGUCGUUUAUCAAGCGUGUCCAGGCCGCCACUCCAGAAGAGAGGGAUUCAAUGUUGGACAAGGCACAAUUUGGCGACCAUUUUCCUCCCAGCGCUGUCUUCACCGACGGGGAGACGAGCACCGGCAGAAAUGUCUCUCCUCGUCCCCAGGCCACUCUUGAGCCUGGCCCUGAAGGAUCACUAAUAUACCACGGCCCGACAAGUAUUUACUACGCUCUGUUGGGUAGAAUUUCAGACAGGUCUGUCGGUUCUAAUCUAGACCAGCAACACCGUUCUCUCAGCGUCACCGAUUAUGACUCAAACUUCCAAAGUGUAGCGGAGCACUUUGGUAUCAACAUGGAGGAUGCACAGAUUACGAGCGCCCUGAUGCAAUUCUUCAAGUGGCAGUACCCCCAUUUUAUGUUUAUCUAUCGUGAAGCAUUUCUGCGAGAUCACUUUGGCGACCACCAGGAUUGCAAGUACUGGUCCUCGGCAUUAUUGCUCUCCGUGUGUGCACUAGGACUGUUGAUGUCAAACGACAGUCUCCAAAGACAAGCCAGUGAACAAUUUUUCGUUGCUGCGGAGACUAUUCUCAUAGUUUUCGGUUUCACGAGGCCAUCAAUCGCCACAGUCCAAGCAUUUUUGUGCCUGGCCUUUUACGAAAUUGGCAGAGGAAAUCUUUCAAAAGGCUGGGGAUUUUCAGGCAUUGCAUUUCGCAUGGCUCAAGAUCUUGGAUUCCAACGGGACCCUAAAUACUGGGUCUCACAUGACACAUCUCUUGCAACAACAGAGGAUAUUGAAAUCCGCAGGCGCAUCUACUGGGGCUGCUAUACCUCUGAUAAAUUAAUUUGUCUUAUAUUGGGCAGACCGGUAUACUUUUCCUUCGAUGGUGGCGAAGUCGAAUCACUCGAGCGCCUCCCUGAUUUCCCAGAAAUGGAUGCUCUGCUUCCUCUUGGAUUUAGCAGCCAACAAGGGGACUUUGGUGAGGGAAACCCUUUGGUUCCCUGUUUCAAGAACCAAAUACAGCUGUCAAGGAUCAUGGAGCGGAUGCUCUCUACUAUAUUUUCUUCCAGAACGAACGAUUCCAGAUCCCACCAGGCGCAACUUGAUUAUUUGAACCUGGAACUAAGCCGCUGGCAGGAAUCAUUGCCAGACUGUGCCAAGUGGAAUAAAUGGGAACCCCCGAGCAGCACAUUGAUCCCAAGCGUGGCAGCGUUGCACCUUCUAUUCCACGGCGCGCGGAUCGCUUUGAACUUCGACUCAACUGUAUGGGAUGAUCAAAGCGCUGUUCAGAAGAGCUCUCGCAAAUAUUGUGUCUCUUCAGCGCACGACAUCAUCUUCAUCAUACGAAAAUACCGGUCUCAAUAUGGCCUUCGAUGCGCACCGUUUGUUCUUGUUUAUGCUCUUGCCCAGGCGGCACGUUGUGUCACCAUUUUUGGCACUGUCGAGGAAUCUCACUAUUUGUCCCGGACACUUGCGGAGUGCUCUACAACAUGGAAAAUUGGACAAUGGAAUGUAUAAUAAGUAGAUCUGAUUAUGACGAAACCUCCUAUGAGUG